AUGACGACCCCGACGAGCAUUGACACCACGGCCGCUACGUCGCCGCCGCGGCUCCCCCUCGACGCGGACGCGCUGCUGCGGUACGCGCGAGCGCGCGUGCGCGCGUUCCCGCGCGACGCGAACGUAGAGCUGCGCGUCACGCAGUUCGGCCACGGGCAGUCGAAUCCGACGUACAAGGUCGAGUGCGUCCGCGUCGACGACGCGCGGACGACGAAGCGUCCGCCUCGCGUCCUCGCGACGUACGUCCUGCGCAAGAAACCUCCCGGCGCGCUCCUGCGCUCCGCGCACGCGGUCGAGCGCGAGUUCGCGGUGCAGCGCGCGCUGUCGUCGCGCGCGGCUCGGCGCGUCGCCGUCGUGCCCGUGCCCGCGAUGAUCGCGUCGUGCGACGACGCGAGCGUCCUCGGGACGCCGUUCUACCUCAUGUCGCACGUGCGCGGCCACGUGUUCGUCACCCCAGGGCUGGAGCGCCUCCCCAGCGCGGCGCACCGCGCGACCGUCUACCGCGACAUGGCCAGGAUACUCGGCGGGCUGCAUCGGAUCGAUCCGAGCGCGGUCUCGCUGCGAGACUUCGCCGGCGGCGGCGGCGCGCGUCGCGAGAGCGACGCUCGCACGUACAGCGCUCGGCAGCUCAGACGAUGGACGAGGCAGUACGACGAGAGCUGCCGAGACGGCGGCGACGCGGAGCGCGAGCCGUGCAUGCGCGAGCUGAUUCGCUGGCUGAGCGCGAACGUCCCAAAAGACGAGCCGGGCGGACGUCUCACGCACGGGGAUUACCGCCUCGAUAACCUCGUGUUUAAACGCGCCGACGGCGGCGGCGGCUGCGUCGCCGUCCUCGACUGGGAGCUCUCAACGCUCGGGUGUCCGUACGGAGACAUCGCGUACAACUGCAUACCGUAUCACCUUCCUCGCACGCGACCGGGACGCGUGAACGCGUCGUAUCCCGCGUUCGAGGAAGGCCCGCUUCCGGACGGGAUACCGACCGAAGCUGAGCACGUGCGCGCGUGGUCCGAAGCGAGCGGAUUGCCGAACCCGAUGACGUCAGGGACGUGGCCGUUCUACGUCGCGUUGUCUCUGUUUCGCGCGGCGGCGAUUCUCGCGGGGGUGCGCCGCCGCGCGCGGGAGGGAAACGCGUCUUCCGCGAACGCCGCCGCGGCGGGGGCGUUGGUCGAAACGCUUGCAAAGAGAGCGUUACUCGUCGCUGGCGUUCCCGAACCCGCGGCGGCGGCGGCGGCGGUCGACGACCUCGCCCAGUCGCGCGUCGGGUUCCCCGGACGCUCGUCGAUCGCGUCCGCGUCCGCGUCCGCGUCGACCGUCCGCGCGCCGGUCGGCUUCGAGCCGAGCGAACGCGCGGCGAAACUGCUCGUGUCCCUCCGUCGGUUCAUGCGCGAGCACGUGUACCCGAACGAGGUGAGACUGCCCACCGCGCGACUUCUUUCGUUCGCUCGUCGCGCGUCGUUCCUCGAGGACUGA